AUGCUGGAGGAAUAUUCAAUUCCUGAGCUUGACUUCAGUCGCAGGACACGCAGGCAUAAAUUUUCGCAAGACCAUGUGUAUGUCACUGAUACGGCAGUGUAUUUGGGUCUGUCAUCGAUUUACCAGCUUAACGAUCUUUACGAGCAGGGAAAAUCCUACCAAGAUAUCAUGACAUAUCUGGAAUCUGUUUAUUCUGAAAAACGAAAAGAGCGCGAGAAAAAGGAGAUUGGAUAUGGCCCUUUCUACAAGCCAUCGUUUGCCGCGUACCUUGCCUCCGAAACUCACA